AUGUCCGACGCAAUAAAAGAUUCUGGGAAGCGCACUGCUGCGCCCACAUGUAAUGAAUACACCGUGGGAUGGGUCUGCGCGCUUCCUAAAGAGCAAACUGCAGCGACCGCCAUGCUCGAUCAUACUCAUCCUAAAAUCACCAAGCCACCAAAUGACACUAACAGCUACACCCUGGGGUCUAUCGGCAAGCACAACGUUGUCAUUGCCUGUCUGCCAAAGGGAAAAAUCGGAAAUAAUGCAGCCGCAACUGCAGCGACCCAAAUGGUGCGCACUUUCCCAUCCAUAAAGGUUGGCUUGAUGGUGGGAAUCGGAGGUGGCGUCCCGCCAAAGGUUCGACUCGGGGAUGUUGUGAUUAGCGCCCCUGUUGCUGAAUUUCCUGGAGUUGUCCAGUGGGAUUUGGGGAAGGCAGAAACCGGUGGCAGUUUCAGACGAACGGGUGCUCUCGAUAAACCACCAAACGCACUUUUGACUGCGUUGACACAACUCGAGUCUCAACAUGAUAUGAAUGGAUCUAAAAUCCCGAAGUACCUUGACGCUUUGAAAGACAAGUAUCCGAAGAUGGCGGCAAAAUACACCUGGUCUAAUUUUCGUAAGGAUCCGCUUUCCUCCCCAGACGAGUCCCAAGAGAAGCCAGAGGACAUUCGCGUACAUUAUGGCCUCAUUGCAAGUGGCGAUCAAGUCAUCAAAGAUGCCGCGGUUCGUGAUAAACUGAAUGAGAGUCUUGGUGGAAAUGUCCUAUGUUUUGAAAUGGAAGCCGCUGGAUUGAUGGACAAUUUCCCUUGUCUUGUCAUUCGGGGAAUUUGUGAUUACGCUGACUCGCAGAAGAAUGAAGAUUGGCAAGAGUAUGCUGCUGCAGUGGCUGCAGCUUGCACAAAAGAGAUCCUUGAAUACGUUGAAUCGAGUGAUAUCGAUGGAGCGUGCUUGAUACAAGAUAUCUUAAAUGAUGUCAAAACAUCUGUCCAGAGAACUGAGCUCAACAUAAGAAGGAUAGAAUCAAAUAUGGACAGAGCAGGACGCAUAGAAGUGCUGAAUUGGUUGACUCCAUUCAACUACGGUCCCCAACAUAGCGACUUCAUAAAAAUACGACAGCCACAGACGGGUGAAUGGUUUUUAUACUCACCGGGUUACAAAAACUGGAGAGACCAAGAAAAACAGAUUUUGCUUUGCAAGGGAAUACCUGGCGCUGGGAAAACAAUAAUCGCUGCGACAGUCAUUGAUAAUCUCAUGACAAAGUUCUACGACGACGACUCCACGGGGCUUGCUUAUAUCUAUUUCAAUUUUCGCAGACAACACGAACAAGAACUUGAAAACCUAUUAGCUAGUCUUAUCAAGCAACUGAGUCAGACUAUGCGUGUUCUACCAGAAAAGGUUACGAAACUUCACACGAAGCAUGAAGAGAAGAACACAAGACCAUCAGUUGAUGAGCUUUCAGAGGCGCUAUUGUCUACAGUGAAAAUUUAUUCAAAAGUUUUCAUUGUUAUUGAUGCCCUCGAUGAAUGCCACAUACCUGAUGGACGCCUUUCAAGGUUCCUGUCCGAGGUAUUUUAUCUACAGAAGAAAUCUGCGGUGAACGUCCUUGCCACCUCACGUCCCAUCCCAGAGAUUGAAAUGAAGUUCCAAGGUCACCCCUCGAAGAACAUCUCAGCUUCGGAAGAGGACAUUCGCAAGUAUAUCGAUAAUAAUUUGACCCGAAUUCCCAGUUUUGCUCUUGAGUACCCAACUUUGCAAGAGUUGAUCAAGACUGAAAUUGUUGCUGCUGCUGGCGGGGUGUUCUUAUUGGCAAGGCUUCACUUUGAUUCUAUCCUCGGAAAAAGAUCACGGACAGCUAUAAAUGCUGCGUUGAAAAAUCUUCCAACGGGGUCAAACGCGUAUGAUCACGCUUAUAACGAGGCCAUGGUAAGGAUUCAGGGCCAACAUCCAGAAGCGAGACUCUUGGCGGAGCGAAUCCUGGCAUGGAUUUCCUGUGCAAGAAGACCGCUUGCUACUUCAGAAUUACAACAUGCUUUGGCUGUUGAACAUGGUAAAACCGAGCUAGACAAGGAAAACAUCACACCUAUUAACAUCAUGCUAUCUGAUUGCGCCGGAUUGGUGGCGGUCGACGAGAGCAGCAACAUUGUCCGACUUGUCCAUUAUACGACGCAGGAAUAUUUUGAACGAAAACGCCGAGACUUGUUUCCAAAUGCAGAGGCUGAAAUUACGAGAGAUUGUCUAACUUAUCUCUUGUUUCAUUCAUUUGAUGCUGGGCCUUUGCGAACACUAAGUGAUCUUGACAGUCGGCUCCAGAAACAUAAACUCUACGAUUAUUCAGCCAAUAAUUGGGGACGCCAUGCUCGUGAGGCCUCAAAAGUGGCAUUUGACCCAAUAAUCAUGAAUUUCCUGAAAACAGAGUCAAAAUUUAAAGCAUCGAGCCAAGCACAAUUCAAGCAGGAAUCUUUGUACCCUUGGUCCAGCUUGCGCAAUGUACACAGAACAAGUCUUCACCUAGCGGCACUUUUUGGAUUAGAGGAAGCAGCCACAAAUUUACUACAGGAUAACGUCAAUAUUGAUGCAAGCGACUUUUUCUCCAACACACCACUGGCACUUGCCACGAAAAAUGGCCAUGAAAGGAUGGUUGAACUACUUCUUGAUAAGAAGGCAAAUCCAGAGCUUACGGAGGACUAUGGCUGCACGCCGCUUCUUUUGGCGAUAAUAAAAAAACACGAACCCAUUGUCAAACUGCUCCUCAAAUAUGGCGCCAGAGUUGAGGGAGGUAGUAGGUUCGGGACUGCCGAAUAUUUACCGCUUGCGCUGGCUGGUGCGAAUGGGAAUGGAUACAGAUCAAAAGAGCGCCUGCUAGGCAACCCACUUUCACUAGCUGCGCUGCAUGGACGUGAAGGAAUCGUCAGAAUGCUCCUUGAAAACGGCGCAAAUGUCGAGGGAGACAGAUCAGGCAAUUGUUUCCUAAGCACUCCACUUUCGUUGGCCGUGCAGGAAGGGCACGAAGGUAUAGUCAAGAUGCUUCUUGAUCAUGGGGCCAAGGUGGAUGUGAAGACGUACCACACUGAUAUUACACCGCUAUUGUGGGCUACUAAGAACCCUCUCAUUGAUGGAAAUGUGAUAAGACAUCUGCUUGAGAAUGGCCCCGACCUGAAUUUCAAGGACAAAGAUGGCCGCACAGCAUUGCUAUGGGCCGCAGAAACCGGAAAUGCCACCGCGGUCCAGCUGCUACUUGAAAGGGGCGCUGAUCCGACGCUGAAAGACAAGUUAAGUGGACUGGCACCACUCGCACUAGCUACACAGCAUGGGAAUGAGGCAGUUGUCAGGAUGUUUCUUAAUGAAAACACUGACAUAGAGAUCAAGGAUCGCUUUGAUAGAACGCCACUAUCAUGGGCUGCCAGAAAUGGCUUCGAGGCAGUUGUGAAGUUGCUACUUGACAAGGGAGUUGAUCUUGAAGAAAAGGAUAGCGGUGGGGGAACACCACUUUCAUGGGCUUCUGGAAGACAUGAGGGGGUGGUGAAGUUGUUACUCGACAAACAAACUGAAAUCAAGCUUAAGACAGUUGCAUGA